UGGAAAUGGGGAAAUAUAGAGUCUGCAUUAUUGAUACCUCGCCUGUGAAUCCUGUUCGUGCAGAUAGCGUGUUGAUUGAAAUCGUUCAGUCUGAAGCAUUUGAAAUAGAUUUGAAGUACAGAUUUUCUUUGGCAUAUUCAAUGGAUUAUGAUUUCAUUGUCUGGAUAAAUCCAAGAAGUGAUAGCCACACAAUCAGGCUCAUUCAUUCAGUUUCAAUGAACAUCAUGAAACUUAAUCCAAGAGUAUCUGUUUUCCAGUUUAUUCCUUUUAAUCUUGGACCUUCAAAGUUCAAAUAUUCUCCAAGUGGGUUAAUGCUGCAUGCUUUGUCAGGAACUCUAGGAUUCACUGGAAAGACUCAUGCUGCUAAGGGAGAGGUUGGCUAUCCUCAUCCUCCUACUAAUCUUCUGCAAACUUCAAUCUUAGGGAUUGCAAUCGCAAAUGAGUUGAACUUGCAUUUGAUGGGAAAUUCUGAGCCAAAGUACAAACUUCAUUCCUUGCUAGAUGACUUUAUUUACUCAACUUAUUUCCCAGUCACUUAUAGAAAUAAUGGGAACUGGAAUGAGCCUCAGGGACAGAACAUGCUAGAUGGUGGAACUCCUUUUUAUGAUAUUUAUAAAGCAAAAGAUGAUGAAGAGGCCAAUUCUACGUAUCUUGCAGUUGGCCCAAUCGAGACUAAGUUCUUCAAGGUCUUUGUAGAUGAGCUCCCAGUUCCAGGUAAAACCAAGAAGUACUUGAUUCAGAACCAACACAACCCAAAAGAGUACCAUAAGAUGAAGAAGAUUAUAUCUAAAGCUUUAAUGACUAAGACAGCUGAUGAUUGGGACCAGAUUUAUCAUGACAAAGAUGCAGUAACAGCUAAGAUAUAAUUAUCCCUAAAUUAUACUAUCCUUAUACAGUUUCUUUUUAUUUUCUAUGCGGUGAUCAUAUAGAAAUCUUCGAGAAUAUCAGAGUCAGUGCCCAAUUCAAUAUCACUGUGCUUAUCGCUAGUCUCUUCCAAUUCAUCUUGCCCUUCUCGAUAUUUUUCAAGGUACUCCUUCACCGAUUUUUGGCUAAUUGCUGAUUUACAUUCCUUUAACAUACUAGGCUCUUUCUCUAGCUCAUUUUCUGCAAACCUUACUUUAGGCUUAGAUUUCUCUUUGCCUUCAACCUCCUUCUUUAGUGCCUUAAAUUUCUUGUUAUAAUAAGUCAGAAUGUCAAUUCUUUCUUUUAAGUUCCUUUCUCGGGAUGGUUGAUAAAGGCCAUAAUCAGCUCGGAAUACCUUUUCAGUUAAUUUAAAAACCUUUAUGGUAUUUUCAGGAGCAACUUCAGGAAAUUUUCACUCCUCAAAUAAGGAUCUUUGGCAUAUUCUCGCCUCUAUUGGAAAAUUCUGUGUAGAUAUACAUUCUUCUUGUGAGAAAUAUGACUUUGUUAGCAGCUCAAAGCAUGGACUAGAAGGAAUUCUAAUGUGAUUAUUCGUAGAAGAGAUUCAAAUCUUCCAACAUUUUGCAUCGGUUCACCCCUUCCAACUAGCUGAGCUUGAAAAUUUAGUGACUGUGGUGUAACACUGAAGGUUCUGGGAUGCCUUUACAGUAAAGUUUCAGUCCAGCCAACCAUGCAUCAUGAUCUUUCAGACCCUUACAGGUCUCUUAAAGAUUAUUUUGACGCUAAAAUUUUCUUGCUCUUUGUCUUCAGGAAACGUUCAUUUAACUCAAUUUUUGUAGAUCUUGAUGUCAUCAAAAGAAUGAUAUAUUUUGCUGAAUAGAUCUUCUUUGAUUCCAAUAUAUUUCGACUUAUUCGUUGUUUCUGCGCCACCAUGGCCUACUUCAGGAUAUUUCGCUACAAAUUUCUCACUGCUUAAGAAUCCGAGGAUUCUUUUAGAUCCAAGUUUGUUCGCUAUGACCUCAUCUAUACAACUCUUUGUGAUCCAUUUCCACUGGAUUGUACUUUUAAAUAGUCCUUCGACUUUUAAGAGGGGAUCUAGUUCCUUUUUAGCAUUAGCAUUGGUAUAUUUAGUUCACCAUCUCAUGAACUUAAGGAGAAUUAUGAAUAUGUAAUUCUCAGAAGUGGAUAGAGUUUCCAGACCUCCCAGCUCUUUUCAGAACUUAGCAAAAUUUUUGAACAUCAACUUCCGAUCUCUUUUGAGAGAAGUAACAUUGAGCACUUCUUCAGUCCAAUUUUCUAAGAAUUCCCUUGCUUUAAUAAUAGAAUUCUUAUUAGAAUGUCUUUUCAGAAGACAUGUUAAGGAAUUUUCAGGAGUUACCUGUAUAGCAGGCUGUCGUUUCUUCUUUCCUACUUUCUUGGUAUACUUAAAGGCUUUUGCAAAUCGUUUACAUUGCUCUAUCUGGUCAUCACUGAUUUCCUCAUAAUAAACAAAGUAUAAAAAAAUCCCUUAAUGCUGUAUAAGUUGUGUUAUAAACGUUCACAAUGCAUUUGCCUUCCCUAUCCUUGCUCACAGUGAAUCAGAUCGGCUUUUGUGUUUGCUCUGUUCUCUCUUGUUGCCCAUUUUCUUUUCCCAAGACUUCCUUCUGUCACAUCUUAAUCUCUUCCUGAAGUUCUUUCAUGAGGACUCCGUUUGUCUUAAGUCCUUCUAUUUGAUCUACUUCCUUCUUCAGGUUCUCUCAAAGGGCGCACACAACUUGUUUCCUGACGUAGACUGGGCGGACACUUCCUUCGGAGUAGAACACCAAAUCUGAGAAGUCAGGGUUGUUAAACCAUUUUUGUUCCAUAAAAUGUUUUGACUGGGUAGGACUCUUUU